AUGAACAAGGAGAGCCCGUCGACUGUUGCGAGCCUUAUGGAGGCAACUGACCCAAGCCGUUCACCGAAACAAGAUGAAUCAAUACUGGGGUCCAACUGCCCAACUGAUGUCUUCCAGAUCUCGCCUACGGUAGCACUGGGACUACUGUGCGCUGGUAUUGAAAUGCUUGUGGAAUCGACCGCAGAAGGAGUGGGUUAUUCUCAGGGAGCUGCCGUUCCUGUUCCCGGGCCCUUGGCCCACAGUGACUGUAUAUCUAGCGGGGAAUCUACACCAAUAAGGGUCACUGGGUUAUAUCGAUCCACAGAAAGCUAUGAUGAAGCAGGUCAUCACUCAAAACAGCAGACUGUGCUGUCCAAAAGAUUCUCUUCGAAACGGCAGCCACCGAUAACGUUGGAGGAAUAUUUGCUGCGUGUGCACAAGUUCUGCCCUAUGUCUACAGGUGUUUAUCUUGCCACAAGCAUGUACAUCAUGAGGAUGGCGACUGUCGAACGGGUGAUAGUCGUCAGCCGGAAGAACAUGCAUCGCCUGGUGCUUGCUGGACUUCGCGUGGCGAUGAAGUCCUUGGAAGACCUCAGCUAUCCCCAUAGCCGGGUUGCUAAGGUCGGAGGGGUGACUGAGCGCGAACUGUCGAGACUCGAGAUCAGUUUCUGUUUCCUUGCGGAUUUCGAACUACGAGUCGACGCGGAUAUGCUCGUCGACCAAGUUAGACUACUCCGAGAUAUAGGCUGUUGCAGUGAUCCCCUCCGUUGA